AUUUACAUAUUCUGUGGUUCCCGUCUGAGUGUGCAUAUGGAGCAGUUGAGCAGUUUCCAAAAGACGAAGGCACACCUCGAAGUCGAGCCGCGACCGUGAGAUGCGCUCCUUUUGACCGUUUCUCCACUUGUUUCCACGCAACUCAAAGAAAAAGUGGUGUCGCCGGUUGACUUUGAGACUUAUGUUACAUCAGUCGCCACUGCGUGUAGAAAUCAGAUCCAGGAGGAACAAGUCUGUAAAAGACAAGCCUGCCCAAAGUUUGGGAUCAUUUCCCACCUAACCAGGAAGAAAAAGUGGAAUGUGUUCCACAACAGCACCUCUACGAUCACCAUCACAAGAUUCGCGUGACCCUGGUCUGUCACUGUCACCAGGGAGGAGUGUCAUGGCCGAGCCAGAUUACAUUGAGGGAGACUGCAAUGAGCUCAUCAAACCCAAGAAGUUGAUCAACCCCGUGAAGAACUCUCGCAACCACCAGGACCUGCACCGGGAGCUGCUCAUGAACCAAAAGAGGGGCCUAGCUCCUCAGAACAAACCAGAACUCCAGAAGGUUCUGGAAAAGAGGAAGCGGGAGCAAGUCCUCAAAGCUCAGAAGGAGGAGCAGGAGGCGCAUAAGAAAAGGAGUGACUUGGAAAUCGAGCUCAUGAAAAGACAACAGAAACUGGAGCAGCUGGAGUUGGAGCAACAGAAGAACGAGGAGGAGCAGGAGAACACUCCCGAAUUUGUGAAAAUGAAGAGCAACCUGCGCCGAACCAAGCAGGAGACGAACGACGAGGAGAGAACGACCUAGACGCCGUCGAGUUGCCGGCGUUCUUGAGCUCCCCCCUCGUCAUUUGCAAUUUGAGGAGAGACUUUUACAGACUAAAGACGCCCCUCGCCAAGGACCACCACUAGUUGAGCUAACCUAGCGACACGCGGGAGUUUUCUUCCCUUUUUCACUCUUCUCUUUCCUCACACCAAGCUGUCAUUUCCCUUUUCUGUCACGGUGUACGUCUAGUUUUCGUAUUUUUCAGGGGGGGUUGUGUUCUCACCUACGGAAUCACAGGAAGGAAAAGUGGACACUGGAUGGAAUCUCAAGCUGUGUAAUUGUGAUAAAAAAGCCAAACAAAAUGUGCUUUUCUUUAUUUAUGUUUGUAGCUUUUUAGCCCACUUCUAGAAAAAAGGCUGGGCAAGGAGUGGAGGUGUGCGUGUACACUUUUAUUAGUCGUUUUGUGCAUUUUUAGUUUGUUUUACAGCUAAUUUAGUUUAUGAAGCCAGAACAGGACAAAGGGAGUUGGUUUUAUUUUGUUAUUUCUAAAAAUACUUUCUCAGCUAAUGAAAUUUGGAGCAAUAGACCUCCCGUGGGCGUGAGUGAUGUUUUCUCGAUAUAUCGUUGUUUUGUAUUAAUAAAAGUGUUCAAUACAGCU